GUCCCUGUCUUUUAUGAGGAAGUCUUGGGUGUAUCAUACCGUUGACUCGGCCACUGGUUUAAAAUAUGAGUUGUAUUUGUACUAAACUUUAAAUAGCCAAAUACAGAAGGAAGUAACAUCAACAUUCAACUGUCAGACAUCAAAGGUGUGUUAGGUCAGUACCGGCGAUGUUCAGGAGUAACAGUCCCUUUGACAUUGACACCAGCAGCUAUGCAGAGUCGAUCCAGUCUAAUGUUUACUCCACUCUGGAUGAAGUGUCAUCACAGGUAUCAAAUCUGUCAAGGCCCAGUGCAAAGUCAAUUUACUUGCAAAGGAAGGAGUAUGCAGAAUCAAUAAACAACAUGAUGGACAAAUUUCAGUUCAGAGUGGAGCACUUGUUCACUUGUGACCUGGAUGGUGAGGAGUUGAGAAGUGUAACUGACUGUGUGGAGCGACUGAAGCUGCUGGACGAGAUGGGUCGUGUGUGGGGUCAGAGCAUGCUGAUGGAGGUGCGCGGUCCCAAACUACUGCUCACAGACAUUGAAACCAAGGAGGAACUGGAGUCCAUGGCUCUCAGUGACAUCCUGGAGCUAAAGGCUGUGCUGGACUCUGGAUUGUUUAACUCUCUGCUCACAGUGUCAGUCCAGAAUGAGAGAAACCACACCACCACUGUUUUCUUGUUUCAGUGUGAGGAUGUCAGGGCUAACUUUGUUGAAAGGAGUCUCUCACGUGCAUUGUCAGACAGGAAAGAGGAUUCAAGCGUUAGAAGCAGCAACGCAGGACUUAUAGCUGAACAUGAGGGAAUGAAAAACCUUCACAACGUUGAAAACUCUUCUGAACCUAAAGAGGAGAUGUUUGCAGUUGACCCAAUGCCCCAGUGGUUGGCUCCUGACUAUGAGGAGGAUGACGUCCAUGAGCCUGAACAGUUUGUACCUCAGGAGGAGGAGGAAGUGCCAUUACCCCAGACUUUCACUACCGAAGAAGAACCACCGUCUCAACGCCCAUACACAGAGCUGGACAGGAAUGUAGAUAUCUUGAAUCAUAUUUUAGGUGACAUAGAAAUCUUCAUGGGACAAGUAGCUGCAGUAGUGGCUAAAAAUGCAAAGAAAAAGAAGAAAAAGAAAAAAGGAAAAGCCAUGGAUGGCAUGCCCCCCGCAGCAGAAUUUGCAGUGUGUUUCCACAAAAUCAAAAGUGGUUUCAAUCUUCUGGGGGAGCUCAACGGAAAGAUUAACAAUCCCAGUGCUCCUCAAUUAGUUCACUCCUUAUUCUCCACAUUGGCAUUUGUGGUAUCUCACUCUCCUGAGGAUCUGGCACAGACCAUUGUGGCGCCGCUGCUGAUACCCCAGUGUAUCCGUCUGAUGAGUGAAGAGGCCUCCGCAGAGGAGGACCAGCUGUGGCAGUCUCUGGGAGACGCCUGGAACAUCCCCAGCACUAAAUGGCCAGAAGAUGAUGAAGACAUCCCAACAUACACUCUGGAGUUCUUUGAUGGCUGGCAGCCCCCUGAGGUGUCUGCAGCACCUAAACCCAGAGAACCUGUGAGCAGACGGGAGGAUCCACAACCUGGACCCAGCCAGACUGCAGCCAAGUGGAGACCAUCACAACCAGCACAACCACCACAACCAUCCCAACCAGCACAACCAGCACGACAACCGCAACCACCACAACCAUCACAAAAACCGCAACCACCAAAAAAAGCAAUCUCUAGAUUGUCAAAACCGAUACACAUGCAUGUUGUGUAUGACUUCGAUUCAAGAAACCACAGAGAGCUCACCGUCAGAAAAGGAGACAUAGUUGAGCUGCUGGACAAGUCGAAGCAGUGGUGGAAAGUGAGGGACAGCAGAGGGGAGGAGGGCUUCGUUCCCAAUAAUGUCCUGCAGGCUAAUAAUGAGCAACCCAUCGAGCAUAUUGAAGGUCCUCCUGUCCUAACAAAGAGGUCCAAGGCUGCAGAAGUGAAAGCCUGGCUCGAAGACAAAGGCUUUAGUAAAAUCACUGUGCGCUGUCUGGGCGUGCUGAGCGGCUCUAUGCUGCUGGGGAUGACCAGAGAGGAACUGAAGACAUUGUGUCCUGAGGAAGGGGGGCGAGUCUUCUUCCAGUUACAAGCGGUCAAGUCCAGUAUGGCAGCUGCCAGUUAAAUGCAGUAGAAGAACACUGAAAGAGGAAGAGGAAGAAAUCAUCAAAACAAGUCACCAAUGGUCAAAUCCUGUAAACGUACAGAUAAUAUUAAGCAGUGAGUGAGAUUAGGUUUACAGAUUGUUUGGCCUGUCACAUUUUGUCACAUUCACAUGUGAAAUGUUCUACACACCUAUAUUAAAUUAUAUACAUACAUAUAUAUUACUAGAGUUGUCAGGUAUGUUUCAAGUCAGCAUGUAAUCAAAUCAGUUGACAAGAUAUAUGAUAAAGUGUAAAUUAAAGUGCAUUUAAAUUUAUCCAGCAAAACAAUGCUAAUGUGUGCGCAGUAAGACAUUUAACAAGGUGGAAUGGUCUCAAUUAUGUAACAAUGAGCAAAAAGCCGAAUCUAUCAUUAUGUAACCUGUAAAUAAAAAGUUAUG